AUGGUUUUGGCCUCCGAAGUAACGGAGCGACAGCUCGCUGAACUGGCUGGUAAUCUCGUCAAAGAACAGGAGGGAACGAAACCCACUACCAGUACCGUCAGCACCAUCAGCACCACCAGUACCAUCAGCACCAUCAGCACCACCAACGACAUCAGCUUCAACAGCAUCACCUCUCUGCUUUCUCAGCACAAAUUUUUGUUAGUCACCAUGGCACAGAAAUUUUUUGGACCCGACUUCAACGCCGAGGAGGAGUGGGCGAAACUGGAGGCCCCCGUGGCUGCUAGCUGGGAAAUGGAUAUUGAACAAGCCGAUUUGGUCGGAGUACAGGAGGCGGAAGUCAUCGACCUGACCUCGCCCGAUGACGAUAUGGAAUAUGUCGAAUUGAUCGGAGUACAGGAGGCGGAAGUCAUCGACCUGACCUCGCCCGAUGACGACGACGAUGUGUUUUUUCCAUCCCCCGCGGCAAGCCCGGCACCCGCUCCACCCAGCCCGGCACCCGCUCCACUCAGCCCGGCACCCGCAGUCAGUCCACCAGCACCGAUCCCCCGGCACGCGGCCUUCAACGGCGACUAUCAUAAAAACCCCUACAACUUUAAACAUUACGGUCUAAAUUACCUGGGGCUGUACGUGGAUAACUAA